AUGCCGACCGAACUCGAAGAUCUGGUGGAGUUCCUUCACCAUGGAAAUACUCAGAUUCGACAGAUUGCCUGCGAGAACCUCGUCGGCUUCUCCACAGCACAGCCCGAUCUGUUCAAGCGACACCAAUUACUCCCGGUUACAGACCUGAAGCUCCUCGCUCGAGACUAUUCGCCCAUCGCAAAGAAUGCAUUGACCAUUCUCAUCAACCUCUCCAGCGACGAAGAUAUUUUGAAGUUCCUGGUCAAAGAUGACCAGUUCAUCGAGGUGCUCUUGAAGAAAUUGAUGAAUAUCAAAGAUCCCAAUGUCGAUGAGGUAGCCAUGCUGCUGGCCAACCUCGUCAAAUCAGACCACCUCGAAAAGCUCCAUUCGCUGAAGCGCAAAGCCCCCGAGUCCGUCUCCACGUCCGAGAAUGCCAUCGACCAGUUGAUGGACUGCUUCGUCAAAGGCGCGGACGGCAGUCUCAAUAAGCAUGCAAAUUUUGACUAUCUGUCCUAUGUCUUCGCCGACCUGUCACAAAGCGAAAAGGGACGGGCGUAUUUCACCACGCGGCAGGAGUACGACGGGGUGGUCCCUAUCACCAAGCUGACCGUCUUUACGGAACAUGAAAGCAACAUUCGUCGGAAGGGUGUGGCAUCCACCAUUAAGAAUGUGGCAUUCGACGUCGCUUCCCAUCCGAUGCUGUUUGACGAGGAUGGAGUCAACCUGCUGCCUUACCUUCUACUACCUAUCACGGGCCCAGAAGAGUUCCCUGACGAAGAGUCGAUGUCGAUGCUGCCAGACCUCCAGUUACUGCCCCCGGAUAAGAAGCGCGACAGUGAUAUGACCAUCAUCACGACACAUCUGGAGACUCUGUUGUUGCUGACCACGACCCGGGAGGGCCGAGAAAAGAUGCGUGCCGUGCAGGUGUACCCCAUUAUUCGGGAAUGUCAUCUUAACGUGGAAGACGAUGAUGUCCGGGAAUCUUGUGACCGCCUGGUUCAGGUCCUUAUGCGCGACGAGGAGGGCACCAAACGAGCCCCAAAGAGCCCCAGAAUCGACAGCUAUUGCAUCAUUGCCCUAUCCCCCACCACAAUCACGGUCGAUAUACCGCUGCAGACGCGGAAGCUGUCUUGUCCCCCGAAUCCGAGGGGCGAGUGGCUUCCCGCAUCGGACCGAGUUGAGCUGCCCGACUCUGACGUGUGCGACGAUGGAAGCCGCGACUCGCCUGAUCCCGUCGUGAAUUUGCCCGACCAUCCGUCGCUCGCUCAGCAAUUCUGGGCACUGAUGUCGCGUGCUCCUCUAAUACGCUCAUCGCCCGCGCUGGGAUCUUCAUCGUACGGCGCGGUGCGCUUUCCGCAGGACUCUGACGACGAUGCAAAUCUUGCACUUCAGCCGAAAAAUACACGCCAAGUGUCUAAUGGAACAACGCGUACAAGCUAUGAGAGCUGUCAAGGGGGGCCUUCCAGCGGCGGAAGAAGCUCAAGACCGAAAAGGUCACACUCCUCGAACAGGCGAAAAAGCAGUGAAUUGUACACGGAAGGUCACAAUCGACGACCCUCGUCUGCCACCUCGGACAUUGGGAUGGGGGCUGAUUCGAAGUACUCGUUUGCAACUGGCCUUGCCGUGCCAGGGAACCCGGUGAUACAGGAGACACCGAUAACUUCGCCUUAUUUGACAAGUGAUGACGAGGAAGAUGUCUUGGAUAUCGAGGAUGAAGUCACGAAACCGGCAGAUGAUGACCCGCCUGACAAUUCGCCAUAUGCUCAAGUAAGAGCCACCGUGCCCGCGACAGACGACAUCUCUCUUUCCAUAAAUACCCCUCGCAUGUGGUUUCUCUCGCUGCUUUUCUCUCUCACGGGUUCCGCCGCAAAUCUUUUCUUUUCUCUCCGCUACCCAAGUGUCGCCAUAACGCCGAUCAUUGCGCUUGUUUUAGUUCAUCCACUUGGGAAAUUUUGGGAUGUACUACUGAAGAGAACGGGCGACCACCUCGAGGUCUUCGAAAAUGGCACUCUUCACCACCGAGAGUCGCUAUCUGGCGAACUUGAGACACCGAAAGUUCCCUGGAUGUCAAGGGUGCGGCAGUGGUUUGCCCAGGGUCGUUGGAACGAGAAGGAGCAUGCGUGUGUCUAUAUCAGCAGCAACGUGUCCUUCGGCUUUGCUUUUGCAACCGAUGUAAUCGUGGAGCAGCAUAAAUUUUACCAGCAGGAGGUCCCCAUAAUGUACCAAGUACUGCUCAUCAUCUCCACUCAAGUCCUGGGCUACGCUUUUGCUGGUCUUACCAGACGGUUUCUUGUACGCCCAUCGGCUAUGAUCUGGCCCGGAACUCUGAUGUCGACUGCUAUGUUCACCACAAUGCACAAGACUACCAACAAGAAAGCCAAUGGGUGGAGCAUCUCCCGAUACAAGUUUUUCAUCGUUGUAUGGGGAGGUGCUUUUCUUUGGUACUUCGUCCCGGGCUUGCUGAUGCCUGCACUCAGCUAUUUUAACGUCAUCACUUGGUUCGCUCCGAAGAACGUCGUGGUGUCGAACCUGUUUGGCGUUGCAUCUGGUCUUGGGAUGUUUCCUUUGACUUUUGACUGGGCUCAAAUUGCGUAUAUUGGAUCCCCAUUGCUCACCCCAUGGUGGGCUGCCGCCAACAUUGUGACCGGUCUCGUGGUUGUGAUUUGGAUCAUCGCUCCUAUUCUGUACUAUAAAAAUGUGCUCUUCUCUUCCUACAUGCCCAUCUUGUCAGCGGCGGUGUUUGAUAACACCGGACACCCAUACGACGUGAGCCGUAUUUUGACUUCCGAGUUCCUGUUCGACCAGAAGGCAUACGAGGAGUAUUCACCGGUUUACCUCCCUAUUACCUACGUGUUGUCCUAUGGGGUUCAAUUCGCUGCCCUGACUUCUCUGGUCACCCACACCAUCUGCUGGUAUGGCAAAGACAUUUUGCACCAAACACGAAAGGCCUUUGAGGAAAAAAGAGAGAUGCCUGAUCUCGAGACAUAUGAGCCUCUUCGAACGGAAAACGGAUCUCGCCCUACUCGUCGCAGCGAUGACAUGUCACGAGUCAGCUCCCAUGAUCCGACCAGGGAGAUGCCCUUGGGCGUGGAGGAUGUCCACUGCCGCUUGAUGAGGCGAUACAAAGAUGCCCCGCUCACAUGGUACCUCAUUGUGCUUGUUACGAUGCUGGCCAUCGCCACUUACACUGUGGAGCACUACCCGGUUCACUUACCCUGGUAUGGGCUAUUCCUGGCCCUUAUCAUCACGAGUGUGUUUUUCAUUCCAGUUGGAAUCAUCAUGGCUGUCACCAAUCAACACAGCAGUCUCUAUCUGAUUUGCCAGCUUCUCUGUGGCAUCGUCUUCCCCGGUCGACCAGUUGCGAACAUGAUAUUCGUGACUUACUCCUAUAUUAGCUCCGCUCAAGGGAUCAAAUUCUCUUCAGACCUGAAGCUCGGGCAUUAUAUGAAGAUCCCACCUCGCAUCCUAUUUGGUGUGCAAAUGAUGGCAACGCUGGUGUCCAGUCUAACCCAGAUUGGUGUACUCAACUGGAUGUUUGCCUUUAUUCCAGGGUUGUGCACUCCACAGGCGAUGAACGGAUUCAACUGCCCUAUUGCGCGGGUACAUUUCAACGGUAGUAUCCUCUGGGGAGUGGUUGGUCCGCAGCGCUUCUUUGGUCCUGGGGGCCUCUAUCGACCUCUUGUGUGGGCGUUUUUGCUCGGCGCAAUUGCACCACUCGGAGCUUGGAUCCUCGGACGGCGGAGCAAGAAGAAUAUCUGGCGCAUGAUCAAUUUCCCCAUUUUAUUCGGCAGUCUGAGUUGGAUACCGCCGGCGACAGGAUUGAAUUUCUCUAUCUGGGCUGUCGUGUGUUUCGUAUUCAACUAUGUGAUUCGGAGACGAAAGACAGCUUGGUGGGAGAAGUACGCGAUGACUCUCUCAGCAGCCUUGGACUCUGGACUGGCAUUUGCCGUGAUCGUUGUUUUCUUCGCGUGCAUCUACCCGGGUUGGGUUGAUGGGUUCCGAUGGUGGGGAACGGAAAUAUAUAAACAGGGAUGCGACUGGAUUGCAUGUCCUUAUAAACAAUUGGAGCCCGGGCAAACUUUUGGAGGGUGA